AUGGCGGUCCACCUGCCUGUGUUGCACUUUAAUGAUGUAUACCGUGUGCGUCAAAAGGUGAAGGGUAUCGAAAAGGCGCUGGGCGCUGACCAGUUCGCCGCGAAAAUCAACGCGAUUCGCGAGACGUGGGGCGAGAAGGACCAGCAGUGCCAGCGCUCGGUGCCUUCACAGCCGUUUGUGUGGGACGAGCACGCCCAGCGCGACCGGAAAGGCCUUUGCGUCUUUUCGGGUGACCUGUACAACCCUAGCGUCGAAAGCAGCAUCACGCGCGGGGCGCAUAUGGUGCCGGUAAUUAACGCCAUGCAGGUCGACGUCGCCUGCUUGGGAAACCACGACUGGGACUUUGGGUAUCCCCAUCUUCAGACACUCAUGAGCCAAAACAACUUUCCGUGGCUCUUUUCGAACGUCGUCGACGCGUCUUGGCGCGAAGACCACAGCGAACAGACGCCCAAGAUGGAUCCGCGCGACCAGCAGAUUCAAGAUACCCUGCCUUAUUUUAUCAUGACUGUACAAGGCAUCAAGAUCGCAUGCAUUGGACUGGUGGAAGAAGAAUGGCUCGAUACCGUACCCGGCUUUCCGGACCAGUUUGAGUACCGCUCCAUGGUCGACGUAGCAAUGCACCUGUCCAAGGAGCUGCGUGAAGGCGAGGAAAAGGUCGAGCUCAUUAUUGCGGUGACACACUGCCGUAUGCCGAACGACGUCGACAUUGCCAAUGCGCUCGGCGCCGUGCGCGACACGGAUCCUUCGUCCCACGGCGUCGACCUUAUCUUGGGAGGGCACGACCAUAUCUACUACGUGGGACGCGGCGUGCACGAGUACCAGGGUGCGGACUACUCUAUGGACAUGCCAGGCGCCGAGAAGGACAAAAAUACGUUUCUGAUCAAGAGCGGAACCGACUUUCACGACCUCAGCGAACUCGAGAUUGUCUUGUCCGAGCCACAGGACGCCGUGCGCCGCCGCACCAUUUCUUCGAUCAAGGUGCAGCGGCAUGAAGUGCUUCCCAGCGACCCAUCAUUGCCGCAGCUCGAAGAGAUGCUUGACCACCUCAUGUCCCGCAUGAGUAAGUCGAUUGGCCAGCCGGUUGCCUACUCCCUGACAGAGUGGGACGCACGGGCACGUUCUGUCCGGAUGGACGAGUCGCCCCUUGGCGACUUUAUUGCCGACAUUAUUUUGAUUUCCAUGGAACGCUCGCUGCGCAUGCAGCGCGCGGUCCACGCACCCCUCGACAAGGAAGAGCGGGCGGCCGACUGCUGCCUCAUCUGCGGCGGCUCGCUGCGUGGCGAUUCUGUCUUUGGGCCAGGCGAGAUCACACUCGCCAACCUCCUCGAAAUCAUGCCGUUCGAGGACCCGAUCAUUGUCAAGGAGCUCACGGGCCAGGAUAUCUGGGACGCGCUUGAAAAUGGCUUUAGUGCGUAUCCCAAGCAAGAGGGCCGCUUUCCUCAGGUCGCCGGCUUGCGUGUCGUAUGGGACUCGUCCAAGGAGCCAAACAAGCGCGUCGUGAGCGUCGACUUGCUCCAACAGCCAUUCGACGGCGAAAUUGGCACUUCGAGCGACAGUUUGCGCAUGAAGUUCCGCGACCAGUAUGUGUUCGUCCCGGGAGACGAGAACGAGGACGACGACGUGGUCACAGUGCACCGCGCUGCUGCCAAAGUCAAAGAGCCGCUGCAGCUGGACAAAAAGUACCGCGUUGUGACACGCUCCUACCUCUGUGCUGGGAACGACGGAUAUACCGCCCUUACGCGCGGCAAGUACAUCAUCGACCAUGAGGCCGGCGAGCUGAUGUCGACGAUUGUGCGCAAGUUUUUGCUGGGCGCGACUUAUAUCUGGCGCUGGAAGCAGCUGCGUGCACAGGCGUCCGCGGAGAAUGACACAAGUUUUGCAUCCGACACGACUGGUACGCCUGAUGUCAGCUUCGACACCACGGCGGGCUCGUUGCGUGAGCAGGUGCAGCGCAAGGUUCACUUGUCGUCCAAGACGGACACGGCCGUGCAACGCGCGGUCGACCUCACACAUAUGCCCGCACACGGCGCGCCGCCGAUGAAGCGCCGCUCGAGCCUGCAACCCCCGAUUGUCGUCGACAAUAGCCCUGUUGCGAUCCGCGAUGCGCUGUUUGUUGCGGGGCACGAGCAUCACUCGUCGUAUGACUCGGCGUCUAGGGCGUACUCCUACGACCGCAAGAAUCUAAACGACAAUGUCUCGGUGGAUACCAAGGCUGUUGAGCAACAGGCCCGCCAAGGCGCUGACAACCUCGCUGUUGUCCUUGCAAUGGCCGACGGACGCCUGGUGGAUUCUGCACGAGCCUCGUGA